CACGUUAGGACGCUCAAGCAAAAUGGCGGAGGUUAACAAAGUGCCGGCAGACCUCGGCGAGAACGAUACGUUAGUCAACGAGAACAACCCGACAAAAAUGGAAACCAUGGAAGUAGGAGAAUCGGCCCUUCCCCCGAAGGAGUUGCCGACCCCCGAGGCUCCCCUCAUGAACAACAAAGUCCCAGUGGACGAGAUGACCUCCCGAGACUACUACUUCGACUCGUACGCGCACUACGCGAUCCACGAGGAGAUGCUGAAGGACGAGGUGCGCACAAUGACGUACCGAAACUCGAUGUACCUCAACAAGCACCUGUUCAAGGACAAGAUAGUCCUGGACAUCGGCUGUGGCACAGGAAUUCUCUCGAUGUUUGCAGCGAAAGCAGGGGCUGCCCGAGUGAUCGGUAUCGAGUGCUCGAACAUCGUGGAGUACGCCGAGAAGAUCGUCGAGGCGAACCACUUGUCCCACGUGGUGACGAUACUCAAGGGCAAGGUGGAGGAGGUGGUGCUGCCCCAUGGGAUCGAGAAGGUCGACAUCAUAAUCUCGGAGUGGAUGGGCUACUGCCUCUUCUACGAGUCCAUGCUGGACACCGUCCUCUUCGCCAGGGACAAGUGGCUCAAGGAGAAUGGAAUGCUGUUCCCCGACAAGGCCACUCUCUACAUCUGCGGCAUCGAGGAUCGCCAGUACAAGGACGAGAAGAUCAACUGGUGGGACGACGUCUACGGCUUCGACAUGAGCUCCAUUCGCAAAGUAGCCAUCAGUGAACCACUCGUCGACGUCGUCGAUCCCAAACAGGUCGUCACUAAUGCAUGCCUCAUCAAGGAAGUCGAUCUCUACACUGUCACCAAAGCUGAUCUUGAGUUUGCGUCCCCAUUCACUCUACAAGUGCGCAGGAAUGACUACGUGCAGGCUCUAGUUACGUUCUUCAAUAUCGAAUUCACCAAGUGCCACAAGCGAAUUGGCUUCAGCACUGCUCCUGAGGUACAGUACACACACUGGAAGCAGACUGUAUUCUAUUUUGACGAGUAUAUGACCGUCAAGAAGGGGGAGGAGAUCUACGGGGUUUUCUCCAUGAAACCCAAUGCCAGGAAUUAUCGGGAUCUUGAUUUCAGUAUUGAGUUGGACUUUAAGGGGGAAUUGUGCCAAGUUCAUGAGACCAAUACCUAUCGUAUGCGCUGAUUGGGGGUGGGGGGUUUUAUCGGGCUCGGGGAGGGGAGUGAGGGGCCACUGGAGGGAGGAGGGAGAUGACUCUGGGUUUAGGGGCUUCGGAGGCAUUUGCAUAAUAGAGGUUUUCAGACUCUGAAAGGGUUGAGCAUUUAUUCUGUGGAGGUUUCCGGAGAUGAUGGGCUCAGGGGAGAGAUGAUUUUUUGGGAAGGAUUUCGUAAUCUACAAAAGAUGACGAUUUUUUUGCUAAAUUUCAAUUUUAAUUAUAAUUUUGUUUGGGUUUUCUCAUCUUUUUUUAAAUUUUCGUGAACUAUCCUUGAGACGAAAUUGAACAGAAGUGUUUUAUGGUGAAGUUUACUUUCCGCAAAAAUAAAAUCUCUCAUUUUUAAAGACAUUUACAAAAUAGAUUACGAAAUCUUAAAUUUCAUGCUCGCAGAUUUUUGCUGAUAACUUCUACCCUAAUAGAUUUAGGAAAAAAUGUCCGGGGCAUUUUUUGUAGGAAAUUAAAUUCCCCACAGAAAAGAUCUUAUGAGUUUUUCCCGUAAACCCAACAGAUCUCGAGAUAAUCACAGGAUAAUGAAUACGAAAUUGGAAUUGUCGACUUUAAUCACUUCCCUGCAGUCAUCACCCACAAAUUCCCAGAUGUCAGUAAAAAAAUGAUGUCUAGUGAACUCACCCCCUCGCUGGUCCACUAUACUGGGAAAAUAUCACUGGAUGCUGUGACAUCUCUUCCGAUAAAUAGGAUGCGUCUGCAUCAUCAAAACACGAAUGAAAACGAACGCCUGAAGAUUUAAAUCAUUUAGUUUUUGAAGGGUGCUGGACCCUGAUACACUCGAUCAAGUGGAACAUCGUAUUUUAGUACUGUAAUACACGUAAAAUUUAGGUUUUUAUUUAUAAAAAAGCGAAAAUUGAAAGAUGACUCUCAGUGAAUUUCAGAAUUUUUAAGGUACAAUACGUUGAGUUGAUGGAAGUUUUUUUUAUCGAGGCAUUGUACUGAUGACAAAUGUACGGGUGACAUCACCACACUCCAUAGUUACUAUUAUAGGGGAAAAAAGCAGAAUCGAAAGAAAUAAGAAGGUUGAUACGUUUAAUACGGUAACAAGUCGUUUAUUAUU